AUGUGAACUUUCCUGAACAUUUAUCCAUCCCAGUCCAAGCUGAGAGCGAAAGACUUCAAAAGCCUCGCAUGCCAGCCCAGGGUUCAGCUGUUGACAAGAGGAACCACGAUCUGGUUAGUAUUUGGUUAGGUUGAAAGUGUUCCUUCUUAAGCAAAAGCUCCGUGCCUUGUGGGUGGCCACCAGAAAACAGCCCCGGGACAGCCGGUUCUUGCUUUGUGUUAUCCGAGCAAUCCCUGCGAGACUGACGCCACUGUAAUGGGGCCGGUCGGCACAGAGCAGGUUUACGAGCUGAAAGCAGACCCAUGCGGACACUGCCUGAUCCUCAACAACGUCAACUUCAGUGAAGACUCAGAUCUGUUGACUCGAGACGGCUCUGACGUGGACUGCGAGAAGCUGGAGAAGCGCUUCAAGGCCUUGCGCUUCAACGUCCUGACUCGGCGGAAUCUGAAAGCUCAGGAAAUGGUUUCAGAGCUGCGGAAUCUGGCACGGCGGGACCACAGCACCUUGGACUGCUGCAUCGUGGUCAUCCUUUCCCAUGGUUGUCAGACGAGCCAUAUUCAAUUUCCUGGAGGCAUUUAUGGAACAGAUGGAAAACCCAUUCCAAUAGAAAAGAUUGUGAACUAUUUCAAUGGGUCCAAUUGCCCGAGCUUGAGAGGAAAACCCAAACUCUUCUUCAUCCAGGCCUGUGGUGGAGAACAGAAAGAUAGAGGCUUUGUAGUGGACCAUGGUUCACCCAGUGACGAAGCUCCUGGAGGUUCUUUGGAGUCAGACGCGACCCCUUUUCAGACUCCAUCGGGUAACGUGGACGAGCCAGAUGCCAUAGCCAGUUUGCCCACACCCAGCGACAUCUUGGUCUCCUAUUCAACUUUUCCAGGUUUUGUCUCCUGGAGGGAGGUGUCGAGUGGCUCAUGGUACGUAGAAACGCUGGACAGCGUGCUGGAGCAAUAUGCCCAUUCAGAAGACCUGCUGAACAUGUGGCAAACGCUGUCUCUGCCAAGGGGAGGUACAAGCAGAUGCCAGGCUGUUUCAAUUUUCUCCGUAAAAAAUUCUUCUUCGCGUGGAAAUGAUGUGUGGGCUCUGAGAUCCCUGCCAGGCACAAGAGUUACUUUCCUGGGGCUGGAUGAAAUCAGCACCUGCUGUGUUUCAGCAUCGAUGCUCCCGGUGGCCUUUGUCUGUCUGUCGAGAUGUUUGUCUUGAGAAAUGUAAUCUGUGAAUGCUGUCCUUGCUGUGAAAUGUAAGAUGGAGGCUGACGCUGUGCUGAUGGGAGGUGGCAGGGACGGAGCAGGGAUGGCUGAAGGAAGCCCUUUUGCCAGGGCAGGUGCUGGCCCCGAGCCUCCGCGCUCGUGGAGGAGAGCGCCUCUAGCUUGCUGUGACAUGCCUGGGCUCAGCCUCCAAGUAGGUUUUUCUCAGUGAUUGCAAUGUUUGUGUCCUUUGCUCCCUGGGUAACUGAUGGAUAGAGUCAAGGUCUGGUGCUUCAGUGGAAUGAAAUGAUUUUUACAAUUGAUAUUUCUCAUUUUCAACAAAACGCAAUGAAAAAAAAAUAAAAUCUUUUGCACUGUAUUCCGUUGU